UCUUUUUUCCUGACGAUGGAUAGUCCUCCCAAUUAUAGCAGGCCCUAUCAGCUGAGAAGCGGUUACGAGCCGUCCGAUACAGAGACGGAGUGGCAGGAAAAUCCGCGGCGGGAGCAGAGACAGAACGACGACGAUUUGGAGUUUGGAGGUCCGAAAGUUGAUUUGAGCCGGCCCAGGAACAUUACCCCACUGAAACUGAGCCGCAGGCAACCUUCCUUCGGUGGGCCUUCUCCUAAAAAGGAAACUGAAGCCGCUUCAGUUCGACGGAGACACAGCAGUAAGUCGCCGUACAAGCCGAGAAGAGAUAAUGGAAAUGCUCUUUCUCCGAUAGGUGGAUCAGAUGCAUGCAGAAAUGUCAGCCCUUUAUCAAAACCCGAGCACUGGAGGCAUAUUUCUCCUUAUAGGCCGGGAAGAGAAGAAAAUGCAAAUGAUGAAAAUGAGAUUACAAGCUCAAACAGGAAUUCAAAUCGUAGAACACGAUCAAGGGAUGAUAGGGAAGGCCAUCUGCAGCUCCUUGAUCUGAGUAGAGUAAGUUUGAAAUCAAACUACGGUCAGCGAUCUGUUACUGCACCGAAACAGAGAGCAAGGGACAGGGAACAGCAUAACAACUCAAAGGGAGAGCGGACCCUGUCACCAUUGGAAAGAAAUGUAAUUCAGAAACAGCGGGAAGCUUCUCCCUUGAGAAAACCUUCUGUUGGUGAGAUAAAUGAAAUGGUAGCAAAUUUAAAACUCUAUAGAGGUCCCGCUACUGCUACUACUUUUGAAAGCACAGAUUCCAUAUCACCUGGCGAUAUCUUCUUUUCUCGGGACGACACAGCUUUGGCUUUUCAGAAGAAUGUCUUCCCAAGAAAUGAUGGGCAGGAGACACGUUUUGUUCCACCACCCAAAACUGUUCCACAUAGGGAUGUUUCUCAUCAACGGGUGAGAUCAAAUGGUGGCUCUGACAAUAAUCCACAAGGGAGUGCAUCUAGUUUGAGGGCAUCAAGGACGACCCCAAAUUCAAAUUCCAACAUAAGUAGGCAAAGCAGCAACAGAAAUAGCACUGUGAGUAGUAAGAUGAGUGACUUCAGUGCUGGAACAACUGAUAGUAUUAAGAAAUUUACAGCCAACCGCAGGAAGAGCCAGACAGAAACAUGGUUUGCUUGUAUGAGGAAAGGGUCUUGUAGAACCUCAAAAUCACCUGAACCAACUAGAGCCUUUGAUGAAGCCUCCUUCAUUGAGAAGGCAUUUGUGGUAGAAAACCUAAGGCAGUUUUGGGCUGAUAAGCAUCAACCUCAUUCUCUCGAUGGAUUCAGUUGCCACAAACAGGAAGCACAACUUCUUAAGAAAUUAGUGUCAAAUGAUGUUUGCCCCCAUAUUUUGUUGAAGGGUCCUUCUGGAUCUGGGAAAAGGGCAUUAACAAUGGCCCUUUUACAUGAGAUAUACGGUGACCAAUCUUGGAAUGUAACUCACGAGUUACGAUCCUUCCAUAUCCAGGAGAAAAGGCCUACUCAAGUAAUUAUUCCGCUGGCAUCCAGCGCUCAUCAUGUGGAACUGAAUGCACAUAAAGAAGCCAAUUCCAGAAUUGCACUAAUGGCUUUAGUUAAGGAAAUUAGUAGCAAUCAUGCAAUCAUCCCUGAAGUCAGUCAUGCAGGUUUUAAGGCAGAUCAUAAAGUAAUAGUACUCUAUGAGAUUGACAAAGCAGCAGAAAAUGUGCAACACUUGAUCAAGUGGAUAAUCGACUGCUAUUCGGAUUCUUGUAAACUUAUACUUUGCUGUGAGGAUGAUGGGACUAUUCUUGAAUCAGUGAAAAACCGCUGCAAAGUCAUCAAGGUUGAUGCUCCAAUCACUCAUGAGAUUAUGGAGAUUCUCAUCCAAAUAGCAAGGAAGGAAGACUUUGAAUUACCAAUGAGCUUUGCUGCCAAGAUAGCCACCAAAUCGAGACAGAACCUCAGAAAAGCUAUUAUGGCUCUUGAAGCCUGCAAAGCACACAACUAUCCUUUCAUAGAUAACCAACCAAUUCCAUUGGGUUGGGAAGAGGUACUAGUGGAACUUACUGCCGAAAUUCUGGCUGACCCAACUCAAAAGAGAUUAUUCUUUGUAAGGGGAAAGAUUCAGAAACUUCUGGUGGAUUUCGUGCACCCCAAACUGAUACUCCUGCAGAAGCUUGCAGAACAGUUUUUGAAGGCGGUAGAGGCUGGUUCUAAGAGGGACCUCUACUAUUGGCAUGCUUAUUAUGAUAAAAGACUACCAACUGGGACGACUGCUUUACUGAAAUUAGAAGGUAAUAGAAAGAGUUGAUUUCCUAUGCCACUGAGUAAAUGGAAUGCAUAUGAAGAACGUGCCGUCAAAAUGCACUUAAACCCCGAGUCUUUCUUUUGGAAUAUGUCUAAUUUGUUCUGAACGUUACCGCGGAGUUCCAAGGACUCCAAAUUUUCAGUUUGAUCCUGAUUUUCAUGAGCCAUACAGUGCGAGCACUGUCGCUGCUUAGCGGUCUGCUGCUCAAUAUUGACUUUCUUCAAAACAUUGUUGCUCUGUUCUCCGUUUUAAACCUCGUAACCUGUAUGAGAUUUUGGCAGUCCAAAAGGCUUUAGAUAAAACCAAAAUCCAUCUCAAGCAAACCAAGAAUUCAUUGUAUCCUUCCCCCUCUUCUUUUUCAAGCAAGGCAAUGGGGAUGGAAGAGGGACGGGUUUGGAAAGGCUAACGUGGCCCCAAACCCGUCCCAAAAACUUUCUAUUCUUCCCCAAACCUGCUCCAAACUCGUUAUACGUUUUGAUAUAAUAUCCUAAACCUGCCUCACUGGAGUAGUAGGGCUUUUGUCAGGUACGUGCAAUCCGCCUCAGUAUUUUUAAUGAACAAUAAUCUUGUAUUAAUAAUAAACAACCUCAUAUAUGCAAAUGCAACUAUUUAUUCGAAACCCCUGAAUUGUAAAUCUCCAAUCAUAAGUCUACAGAGUCCAAAAAUAUAAGAUUAAGAG